CGGCCUAACCCCAAAUUGUGUUGCAGGUAUCCCGGUCAAUAUGAUGAACGUCAGAGGGCUUGCUGACCUCAAGAAGAAGAAAUCUUCCAAGGUUCCGAAGGGGACGGAUGUUGGCGUCCCUAAACCCGCCGGUGACUUCUUUAAGAAGCCGGAGGGGCCGCCGGCGGUCCCAAAUGCUGAUGCUGCCACUGCUGCGAAGAGAAAAGUUGCGGGCAAGGCUCCCGAGGGUAAAAAGCCAAAAACGGGAGACGUCGGGAAGAAGGGUCCCCCCAUGGUCAUUGUUGAUGAUUGCCCCGCCUCCGGGAUGCCUGAGGAGAUGACGGUGGCGGAAGUGCCGGGGGGUGUCCGGGAGCUAUCCUCAGAGGUCCUGAUGGUUUCUCUCCCGGUAGGAACGGCCGUGAUGAACUGCACGGCGGACCCGAGGGUGCUUCUGAGGGGCAUGACCCCUGAGAUUGACAGAGCCGCCCUCGGGGCUGAUGAUGACCAGGCCCUCGAGGACAAGAUCCUCCGGUCUUCCCUUACUACUUGCAUUGCCCUCGGUGAGCAGGCCCGGAGGCUGGAGGAGUGGCGUCUGCGCAAGGCUGAGCAGGAUGCCAAGAUGCGGGAGCUCAUCCGCCAGAACUCUGAUGCCAUCCGGCAGAUGGCUAUGCUGGAGGAGAGCCUUCGGCAGAUGACGUUGCGGGCGGAGGCCGCAGACCGGGGCAAGGCCGAGGCUGAAAGGUCUGCAGCUGAAACCCUCUAGAGAGCCGCCAAGGAAGCCGAGGCCGCCAAGGCGGACGCCGUCUCAAAGGCCCGAGAGGACGCCGUCUCCGGAUUUCUGGCAGGGGGGUGGAGAGCAGAGGAGCACAAACAGUGGCUGUCCUCGGUCGUGGAGUCCUCAGUCGACGAAUGGUGCGAUGGGCCUGGAGUGGAGUGGGUUUCCCGAAAGGGUAAACAAUACUACGAUGGGGGCGAGUUUUUUACUCAAGCCCUCAUCUACCGGAGGAUGGCCCGCCAUCUGAAGAUCGAGCAGAAGGACUUUGACCCGGCAGCGUACGGACUUCCCCCCCUGCAGCCAGAUGUCCGUGUUCCUCUCCCCUCAGAUGUCAAGAGGCCAGACUUGGAGGACACUGAGCUGAUGAAGGAGGCCGAGGGAGACGAACCUGAGGCCGGCAUAGAGGUCACUUCAAAGCCUUCGGAAGAGACGGCCCCCGGGGAUGUUAAUAUGUAAAUUUUAUUUAGCAUAUUCUGAACAAUCUGGCUGUAAUGAAUGGUUGUAUGCCCUUGGCCUUCGGCCCUUUUGUAACAUACAUUUGAAUUUCCCUUUCUUGGAUGAAUGAAUGCUUGCCUUUGGGCUUUGUGUAUAUAAUUUGUUCCCUUCA